CCACGCCCUCUGUGCGCGCACACACAAACGCACAUAAAAGCUUUGCUCUGCUUCUCCUUUAUCCUUCGUUAAAAAUGGCAGCCGCAGCUACAAUCUCUGUGGACGAGGACCACUUUUGCUGCUCUGUGUGUUUGGAAGUGUUGAGGGAUCCGGUGACUAUUCCCUGCGGUCAUAGUUACUGCAUGGUAUGUAUUAAAGGCUACUGGAGGAAAACCGAGCACAAGACGGGUUACACAUGCCCUCAGUGUCGGAGAAGCUUCAACCCGAGACCUACUCUGGCCAGGAACACAAUGCUGGCAGGUCUGGUGGAGAAGCUAAGGGAGAAGUUGAGGGACGCCGGGAUCCAGGAGGCUCCUCAUGCGAAAACGAUCGAAGUGGAGUGCGAUGCGUGUCAGGGGAGAAAGCGCAGAGCUGUGAAGUCAUGCGUGAAGUGUUUGGCCUCGUAUUGCGAGGCUCACCUCAAACAGCACAAGACGCACAAACUGACAGACGUGACCAGACAACUGCACAAGAGAGCGUGUAAUCGGCACGGACGCCUGUUCGAGCUUUACUGUCGCACAGAUCAGCAGCUUAUCUGCUCUGCUUGCGUGACGGAUGGACACGGCGGGCAUCACAUGGUGCCAGCUGGCGAGGAGAGAACCGAAAAGCAGAGGCAGUUAGAAGAAGCUUUGAGAAGAUCAAAACAGAGGAGCAAGGAGAAAGAGAAGGACCUGCGGAGUAUCAUGAAAUACCUCAAGCGCUCAGCACAGGCCGUGGAGGAAGACAGCGAGAAAAUGUGCACCAAGCUGCUGCGCUCCAUCGAGAGGAAACACAGCGAGGUUAAGGAGCUGCUCAGAGCUGAAGAGAGAGCCGCACUGGCCCAAGCUGAGGGACUGCUCGAGCGUCUGGACCAAGAGACUGAAGAGACCAGGAGGAAAGAAGCCGAGCUGGAGCUGCUCUCACACACUGACGAUCACAUCCACUUCCUGUUGAAAUGCAAACCCCUUUUCGUUCCUGCUGAUCCUGAUGAGCUGCCCGGUGUUGACGUCCAUCCAUACUUCUCACUGAUGGUUCUGAGAAGAGCCAUCACAGAGCUACAAGAGCGAGUGAAUGACGUGUGCGACAGGGAGUUAGCCAGGAUCUCGGAUUUAAUGAAAGAUGAGCAGAGCCUGUCAGCUGAAAGAACUUCCCCCGUCCCUGUAUGUCCGGAAAUAGUUUCUCCUGUGAAAAGUGUGGACCAAGCACAAAGUGAGCCAAAGACCAGAGCUGACUUUUUACAGUUCUGUUGUGAUGUGACGUUGGACCCAAACACUGCCAACUCCUACCUCUGCCUUUCAGAGGGGAACCGGAAAGCCAGCACCUGCUACGAGUCCCAGCACUAUCCAGAACAUCUGGAGAGAUUCAGCGGCUGGGCUCAGGUUCUGGCUCGGGAGGCCAUCUCCACAUGCGGUUAUUGGGAGGUGGAGUGGAGCGGUAGUGGUGGGAUCAGUAUCGGAGUUUCUUAUAAAGGGAUUAACAGACAUGGUGGGAGCGCAGACGGAAAACUGGGCUGCAAUUCCAAGUCAUGGAGUGUGAACCUUUCUGAUGGCCAUUGUACAUUUCAGCACAAUAAAACCAAGCUGGAGAUCCCGUCUCCUAUUUCAGCCAGGAUCGGAGUGUAUGUGGACCACAAGGCAGGGAUUCUAGCCUUCUAUUGCAUCUCUCCAAGAAGGGAUACAAUGACCUUGCUGCACAGGAUACAGACGACGUUUUCCCAGCCUCUGUACCCCGGAUUCUGGCUUGGCCUUGGUUCCACACUCAAACUGUGCUCCAUCCUUAACUACUCAGCUUAGGGAAGAGGGAAUCCGCAUGAUUUCUUAUGCUAGCAAGUGGACUUGUGGUAUCUUUACUGUUUAAAGCCAAAUUUGAGUUCAGAUUUGCAUAGGAGACUGUUCUGGACAGGUCAUAUUCCUGAACCAACACACACACUAGACAAAAACCAAGAACACUGUCAGAAAUAGGGGUACAGUUCCAGUAGGAGUCAAUUUCUAUUCCCCAAUGUACAAUCUACACUAAUGUAUCCCCUAGGGCUCAUUAUUGGACCUCAAGGUAACUAUGUGUACCUUUUUAGGGUCAAAAAAUGUACACAUAUUCCCAAUCAGUAUAUAAAUGGUACAAAUAAAAGUACCUUAGAUGGUACUGCCCCAGUGACAAGCCAUUGUACCCCUAAAGGUACAAUGAUGUACUUUGUUUUCUGAGAAUGAAGUAGUAUUAUUUGAAGGUAAUCAGUAAGCUUAGCUAGCUAGCUAAUGUUAACAUGGCAGCUGUUUAAACUUGGCAGGAAUUUUGACAGCACGUGUGCCAUGUAGCGAUAAUCAAAGCCAUCCUAGAUGAAAUUCCAUUGGUGCAAACACCUCAACAUGGAAAGAAAAAAAAAAACCCAUUAAUUUUGAUCCAACUGAUCAUGGUGAGGUCAAACAUCCAAUCUUGGUCCAAAUUUAAGUAGAAGACAUUGGAUUCAACAUGAUUUUUGGCCAUAAAACAAAUCUACGUGUACAGUGUCAUGCAAAAGUUUGGGCACCCUUACUGAAAAUGUCCGUUACUGUGAAUAGUUAAGUGAGCAGAAGAUGAACUGAUCACCAAAAGGCAUAAAGGUAAAGAUGGCACAUUUCUUUAAUAUCUUCUGCAAGAUUACAUUUUUUAUUUCCAUCAUUUACAGGCAUAAAAUACCAAAAAAUGAAAAGGACCUGAAGCAAAAGUUUGGGCACCUGACAUGGUCAAUACUUAGUAACACCCCCUUUGGCAAGUAAACACUUUUUGUAGCCAGUUAAUAAUCUUUCAGUUCUUACCUGGGGGAUUUUCGCACAUUCGUCCAUGCAAAAGGCUUCCAGUUCUACAAGUUUCUUGGGCUGUCUUGCAUGCACUGCUCUUUUGAGAUCUA